AUGGAGGAUGACAAACACAACCGGGGAACAGUCACAGAGAAGGGACUUGUGUUGGGGGAGCCGGGAGAUGAGAGUACACACUCCAUCUACCGCCUGGUCCUCGUUGGCGUUGGUGGCGUAGGCAAGUCGUGUAUCACCAUUCAAUACAUAUCGCAUAAGUUCAUCAAAGAAUACGACCCAACAUUGGAAGAUAGCUAUCGUAAGCAGAUCACGUUCGAAGACGAGGAGUGUAUAUUAGAUAUCUUCGACACGGCCGGGCAGGAGGACUUCUCGGCCGUGCGAGACCAGUACAUGCGGACGGGUGCCGGGUUUUUGAUAGUGUACGCCGUCACCUUGCGGAGCAGCUUCGAGGAGGUUGCCAACUUCCGCGAUCAGAUCCUGCGCGCCAAGGACAGCGACGACAUUCCCAUCGUCAUCGUCGGCAACAAGAUCGACAUGGGGUCCGAGCGGAAGGUGUCCACCGAGGAGGGACAGGACCUGGCCAAUAAGUUGGGCUGCAAGUUCAUCGAGUCGUCGGCAAAGAUGAACAUCAACGUGGCCGAGUGCUUCACCACCUUGGUCGCGAACAUCAAGGCCUUCAGGAACAAGUACAACAAUGCGCCGCCAAGCAACAUCCUCACCAGGCCACCCAAACGAAAACACUGUACUCUUUACUGA